AAAUUUUAAGUUCAACCAACACCCAAAUCUCAAGUUUAAAAAUUGCAACAACCUCAAAUUCAAACACGCUACAAACUCAAAAAUCAAGUUAAAGAAUUGCCACCAACUUAAGUUCACUAAAAACCACAGACUCAAGUUCAACAAUUGCCACAACCUCAAGUUCAAAAACACCACAACCUGGAGUGCAAACACAUCACAAACUCAAGUUCAACAAAUGCCACAAACUCAAGUUCAACAUUUGCCACAAACUUAAUUUCAAUCUACUCAAGUUCAUAAGUUGCCAAAAACUUAAGUUCAAAAAACACACAAACUCUAGUUCAAAAAAUCCAAAAACAAAAGUUCAAACAAGACAAAAACUCAAGAUCAACCAACACCCAAACCUCAAGUUUAACAAUUGCCACAACCUCAAGUUCAAAGACAGCAGAAACUCAAGUUCAAACACGCCACAAACUCAUUUUCAAACAGGACACAAACUCAAGUUCAAAAACACCACAAACUCAAGUUCAAACACAUCACAAACUCAAGUUCAACAAAUGCCACAAACUCAAGUUCAAAGAUGCCACCAACUAGAGUUCACUAAAAAUCACAAACUCAAGUUGAACAAAGACCACAAACUCAAGUUCAACAAACUCAAGUUCAUAAAGUGCCACAAACUUUAGAUAAAAAAACACACAAGCUUAAAUUCAAACACGAAACAAACUCAAGUUCAAAAAACACCACAAACUCAAGUUCAACCAACACCCAAAUCUCAAGUUUAACAAUUGCCACAACCUCAAGUUCAAAAACAACACAAACUCAAGUUCAAACAUGCCACAAACUCAUUUUCAAACACGCCACAAACUCAAGUUGAAACACGACAAAAAUUCAAGUUCAAAAACACCACACAAACUGAAGUUCAAAAACAACACAAACUCAAGUUCAACAAAAACCACAAACUCAAGUUCAAACACAAGCUCAAGUUCAAUAACACCACCAACUCAAGUUCAAAAACACCACAAACUCAAGUUCAACAUACACACAAAAUCAAGACCAAAACUCAAGUGCAAACACACAAAGUCAAUUUCAAAAACACCAAAAACUCAAGUUCAAACACAGCAUAAACUAAAGUUUAACAAACACACUUACUGAAGUUUAAAAACUCCACAAUCUCAAGUUCAAAAACAAGACAAAAACUCAAGUUCAACCAACACCCAAAUCUCAAGUUUAAAAAUUGCAACAACCUCAAAUUCAAACACGCUACAAACUCAAAAAUCAAGUUCAACAAUUGCCACAACCUCAAGUUCAACAAACACAGAAACUCAAGUUCAAAAACACCACAACCUGGUGUGCAAACACGACACAAACUCAAGUUAAAAAAAAACCACAAACUCAAGUGCAACAUUUGCCACAAACUUAAUUUCAAUAUACUCAAGUUCAUAAGUUGCCACAAACUUAAGUUCAAAAAACACACAAACUCUAGUUCAAAAAAUCCAAAAACAAAAGUUCAAACAAGACACAAACUCAAGAUCAACCAACACCCAAACCUCAAGUUUAACAAUUGCCACAACCUCAAGUUCAAAGACAGCAGAAACUCAAGUUCAAACACGCCACAAACUCAAGUUCAAACACGACACAAACUCAAGUUCAAAAACACCAAAAAACUCAAGUUCAAACACAUCACAAACUCAAGUUCAACAAAUGCCACAAACUCAAGUUCAAAGAUGCCACCAACUAGAGUUCACUAAAAACCAUAAACUCAAGUUGAACAAAGACCACAAACUCAAGUUCAAGAAACUCAAGUUCAUAAAUUGCCACAAACUUAAGGUUAAAAAAACACACAAGCUCAAAUUCAAACACGACACAAACUCAAGUUCAAAAAACACCACAAACUCAAGUUCAACCAACACCGAAAUCUCAAGUUUAACAAUUUCCACAACCUCAAGUUCAAAAAACACCACAAACUCAAGUUCAAACACGCCACAAACUCAAGUUCAAACACGACACAAAUUCAAGUUCAAAAACACCACACAAACUGAAGUUCAAAAACAACAGAAACUCAAGUUCAACAAACACCACAAACUCAAGUUCAAACAAGACACAAGCCCAAGUUCAACAAUUUCAACAAACUCAAGUUCAAAAAACACCAGAACCUCAAGUUCAAAAAACAUAAUAAACUCAAUUUCAAAUAUGCCACAAACUCAAAUUCAAUGAACACCACAAACUCAAGUUCAACCAACACCCGAUUCUCAAGUUUAACAAUUGCCACAAUCUCAAGUUAAAAAAAACACAAACUCAAGUUCAAACACUUCACAAACUCAAGUUCAACAAACGCCACAAACUCAAGUUCAACAAACGCCACAAACUCAAGGUCAACAAUUGCCACCAACUAAAGUUCACUUAAAACCACAGACUCAAGUUCAACAAUUGCCAAAAAAUCAAGCCAAACAAACUCAAGUUCAUAAGUUGCCACAAACUUCAAACACGACACAAACUCAAGUUCAAAAACA